AUGCAGUCUUCCCAGACCCCGGGGUUUUCCAAAUCUCUGUUCACCUCCCACAUGCAGCUGUUGCACUUGAAGCCGGCGCCAAAGCUGAGCAUCAUCACCCGGUCUUUCUUCUUCAGCCUCCUCUUACCUUCCAUGUAACCCAGGACGUACCAGAGGCUGCCGGCGGAGGUAUUGCCGAACCGGUGCAGAGUCAUCCAGGCCGGCUCGAGGUCGUACUGGUUCAACCCCAUACUCCUCCCGAUGCCCUCGAUGACGGCGGCUCCGCCGGUGUGGAUGCAGAAGUGGUCCACUCCGGCCUUGAAGUUCACCCGUGGCGUGCCCUCUGCUUGGACGUCCUUGGAUCCCUUGAGCUUCUGGAGGUAUUUGCGGACCGAGAAGAGGAAGAUCUCUCUCAGAGGGAGGAUCCUGGGGGCUAACAUCCGCAGGUUCUCAAAGAAGGCCCUGGUGGCUGCCUUGGGGAGGUUUUUGCCGAGGUGGAACCCGAGCGUGCCGGUGUCGUCCUCUCGCUGCAUGCAGCAGUUGAAGGCCUCGUCGUUGGCGCCGAGGUGGGUGCGCACGAGGCACUUCAGGAUGAACUUGGCGCGGUGCCGGUAA